ACUCUUGGUGGGUAGAUCUGUCAGUGCACUAGCAUGUGCAUUGGGAGUGCGUGAGGACAUUAUCAAGUUGUCUACCCAAUCCUAUAGAUGCACACUAUUGUAGAAAUAAAAGGUACAAGGUCUGGAUAUAGAUGUGGAUACUGCGGAGUUUCUCGUGGAAAAGUUUCGUAUGGGAUGUGGUCCCAUACUAUGACAGUUCAGGACUACCAAGACCUGUUAGAUCGAGGAUGGCGACGGAGCGGGAAGUAUGUAUACAAGCCCAUCAUGAACAAGACUUGCUGCCCACAGUACACCAUCAGGUGUCAUGCCUUGAAGUUUCAGCCAUCCAAAAGCCACAAGAAGAUCCUGAAGAAGAUGAACAAGUUCCUGUUUGUGGGAGAGAUUCCCGAAGGCCAGUGUGAUGGAGAGCCCAUGGACUCUGUGUGUCACGAGAGUGGUCCGGCGCGGGACUCAUCCCAGCUGAGUGCCUCUGAGGUUGAAGGUCCCAUCAACCCUCCCGAUGUGGACAAGGGAGCCGAAACCAACAGUGCCGCCCCGGAACCCCCCAGGCAGGACGCUGGUCCCCCUGCCAAUGCCAAAGCCAUCCGCUCUGCCCCCAUACCAGGUGUGGGAGCAGAUCCCAGCAGGCCUCCGUGUCGGAAGGCCAAGGAGCUCCGUAAGGAGCGGCGCAUGCAGAAGGAGCAGAGACGGCAGCAGGAGGCCGGGGACUCUGCCACCUCCUCCUCCUCCUCCUCAGUGCCCGCUCCAGCUCCUGCCCCUGCUCCCACCACGGCCAACCAGACCAAGUCCCUGGAGGAGUUCCUAUCCGAGACAACUCCUGACUCCCCUCUGCACCGCUUGGAGGUGAGGCUAGUGCCGGUCAGCUUUGAGGAUCCUGAGUUUGUGGCGACCUACGAGCGUUCCGCCGCACUGUACUCCAAGUACCAGCAGGCCAUUCACGGCGAUGACCCGUCUGAGUGUGGUGAGACUGAGUACAAGAGAUUCCUCUGCGAUUCACCUUUGGAGGUGGAGACAGCUGCAGACGGUCCUGAGCUGGGCUACGGCUCCUUCCACCAGCAGUACUGGCUGGACGGGCGGCUGAUUGCGGUGGGGGUCAUCGACGUCCUGCCCUCCUGCGUGUCGUCUGUCUACCUGUACUACCACCCCGACUUCUCCAACCUCUCACUGGGAGUCUACUCUGCACUCAGGGAGAUUGCCUUCACCAGGCAGUUGCAGAAGCAGUCUCCUAAGCUGUGUCACUACUACCUGGGCUUCUACAUUCACUCCUGUCCAAAGAUGCGUUACAAGGGUCAAUACCUGCCUUCGGACCUCCUGUGCCCAGAGACGUUCACAUGGGUGCCCAUAGAGCAGUGUGUGCCACGACUUGACGCCUCAGCCUACGCUCGUCUCAAUCAGGACGGCCAAGCAGUGGACACUCGCGCUCUGCGAGAGCUGGGUCGUGCGCUGGUGCUCUUCCGCCGGACUGUCAUGCCGUACGCCGCCUACACCCGCAAGUGCAAGGGCUCCGGCGACGAGCCCGAGGUGGAGCAGUACGCCCAGCUGGUGGGCCAGCCCUGCGCCGAGAGGAUUCUGCUCUACCGGGCCUGAACUGGGCCCAGGACUACCCUCUCUCACACACACACACACACCUUCCCCUUAGUCACGCUUACGGUAACAGGUGUCACAUCUCCUCAGCCACCCCCCCCUCCAACACACACACACACACACACACACACACACAAACACUCACACACACCUUGUUUGACUGUGCGUCUCCGUCACCGCCCAUGAUCUCCUCUCAUGCUCAACACAUUGACCGCUGCUGUGUUUCUCCAAAGACUUCCUCAGUGUCCUCCUCUAAUCAGCCCAUCCAACCUUGGCUCUGACCUCCUGCAUGUACCCCCUUUGCACUCCUCCACUUCCUGAGCCGCUGCAGCUCUGCAGCCGAGAUCUGGUAGACAGCUGGCCCUGAUUUGGCCAAGAUCUGGCCCUGAGGGGAUCAGAAACUCUGACAUCUGACUCUGUUAUCUCUACCGGUCAUUAUCUCCAUCAGGGUCAAGUAGCCAAUCUUGCCAGCCUCCCUGCAUGCCAUGUUGGGGCCUCCUCUACCUACCACCCCCCCAAAUGGCCUCCCCAGUCCUCCCUAAAGCCUUGGACCUCCUCACCUGUCUUCACACUCUCUCAUUGACCUGGGUCACCCUGGCCCCUGCAAAAAAACCCAAAAAAACACUCUCAACAGACCAUAAUACAACUCUGUACAGUGGUUCCUAUCACUGAUGUUUCUGGCAACAUCAUUAAAACUCACCCAAGAGCCUGGUGUGUGGCGGGGCUUGCUACUUGCUUGUUAGUGUGAAGAGGUGCUCAGGUGUGGAGUCGACAUUCACAGUUCUAGGUUCCGCCGCAAGCUGGGUUAUUCCCUGGGCUGGUUGUGUCAGCGUUACUCUGUUUCUGUGUCUAAAUAGUCUUACUUUUUGUAUCUGUCUGUCUGUCUGUGACAUUUUACAUGUGCAUGUCUGUCUGUCUGUCUGUCUGUCAUUUUACAUGUGCAUGUCUGUUUGUUUGUGUCAUUGUACAUGUGCAUGUCUGUGUCUCUACCAGUGUUACUGUCUCUCAGUCUUAACCAGUCUUUCUGUGUGUCUACCUGCCUGUUUCAUCUGUCUGUCUGUCUGUUUUUCUGUCUGCCUGCCUGCCUGCCUGCCUGUCUUUCUGACGUUCCCUGUGCGUGCAUGUCAGUAUGUGUCUCUGUCCUCUCUGUAGACGGCUCACUCGUAUCCUCACCGCUGUGUAGCCCAAUGCAAUAACCACUCUAUUAGCGUGUGUGUUGAUCUCGCUUAGCAAUGCCAGAGACUGUCCCAUCGCUCACUAAACUUCUGCACAAUGUUAUUGUUCCAUCCCUUUCUCCUCCAACUCCUCCUCCUCCUCCUCCUCCUCCUCCUCCUGCUCCUGCUUCUACUCUGUCUUUCUGUGAUCACAAUCCAGCUGAACCUCAGAGCUCUGAAAAGUCCUGGUAUUAUUCAUGUGCUUCUCAGGCAUAUGAUCCCCAGACCAGACCACACACACACACACGCACACAGACACACACACACACACACACACACACACACACACACACACAGACACACACACAUGCACACAGACACACACACACACACAGACACACACACACAGACACAUUCAUCUACACACAUUUCAGAUUAGAUCCAUACUGGGAGCAAGUGCCUCCAAGAUGCUUCUCUGUUUGUGUGUGUGUGUACACAGUAGUACUGGCAUGAGCUUGGCUGUCACCGUUGUCCCCCUUUUUGGCAAGACUGACAAUGGACUAGUCAGUGAACUAUCAGCUGUGGGUCAGCCUCACCUGAUCCAGGGUCAGACACGGGUCAUUAAGGGGUUGAUGGUGAAGAGUCACUGAGAGCAUAGCCCACCCACCCUUCCCCGGCACCAGGGCUCCUGUGGUCUGGAACGCACUGCCUCAGUAGGCCACGGAAUAAACUAUGGAGUGUGUGAGGUUGUGUUUUUUUACAUGUAUCUGAUGGCUGAGACAGCACAGGCCUCAUUGAUCCCAUAAUUAAGAUAAUAGAACCAAACUCAGCAUAGGAAAUACAGCACUGAUAUGACUGCAGCUAGACUGGAGACUGGAGCACUUUGCUUUGGUAGCAUUAAUAUGGAGAUGUGCUGUCCAUGAGUAGAUAACAGACCCUGCAUUACAGAUCACAUCAUAGCUGCUUCAGUCAAUAAUAUUCUCAGUUGUAUGCUCAGUAGUAUUGCUCAGCUGUUACUUUUAACAGAAUUACAGAUUCCGGUUGAUUAACGGUCUACACGAGGUAGGUGUUAAGUCCUACAAGCACUAAAGCGAAUGGGAUUAAAUGUCAGCUAAACUCGCUGAACGUUGAAUAAACAGCGCACACAUAUCACUACAAUGACCAUAAUAUUAUGUAAGCACAGAAGCUCCAUGCUCCCAUGACUGUCAUUUAGUUCAGACACUCUCCUCCAUGCUGUAGGCUGCUCCAGGUAGCAGGGCACUCUGCACUAGAUCCAGCAUGGCCCUGGCGCUGGGAUUGGGUUGGGUCAGGAUGGAGCAGGAUCUGUACCUUAUGGGUCAGUGUCUGGUUACUCACUUACCAUUGCUAUCCCCCCACCACACACACACACACACCCUCAUGUCCAGGUCUAUACAUAUCAGAGGCCACUCCACCCCCACAGCCUGCCUGUCAGCCAGUGGCCAGCCUAGCAGGGAGAUGGCUGCAUGUGGAGGCAAGGUCCCAUCCAGCCCCAUUGUCUGCUCGACGCAGCUGUGGUGAGAACAGCUAAAUUAUAACACACCCCAACAAACUGGCUUUUCUGUGGAACAGUGAAACAAAACUCGGCUUUGUCCUCUGAUUACUUUUAUUUUUUGUUUUCUUUUGUUUUGUUUGAGUUGGAUUUAUUAUUUCUCUCUCUCUCUCUCUCUCUCUUUCUCUGUAACACAUUUAUAGCUUAAGUGCAUCUGUUUUAAUAUUAUUACAAUAAUUAUUAUUUUGUUGCAAAA